AUGAAGUUCUUCAAACUCGCUGCCGCGGCGGCGCUUGCCCUGCUGGGCAACUCUGCAGACGCAGCAUCGACUUUCUCGCCCGCGCGGCCGCCCGCCGUGCCCCUGGCGGUUCGGUCGCCAUACCUCAAUGUCUGGCUCAAUGGCAAGCGGGACGGCAGCCCUAGCGGCUACCUCCCCGGAAACUGGCCCGUCUUUUGGUCACAAUACAUCCAAGGUUGGCAGGGCUUCAUCAGGGUCGACGGCCACGUGUACAACUGGAUGGGCAACGCACCCGGCGGUGACGGUCUUGUGAAUCAAACGUCGCUCGAGUACACGUCUACUCGCAGCGUCUUCACCUUCAAUGUCGUCGACAAGGUGGAAAUGAUGGUCGAGUUCCUCAGCCCUGUGUACCCCGAGGACCUUCGACGCCAAUCGGUCACGUCAUCAUAUAUCAACAUUUCUGUCAAGUCUCUUGACGGCAAGACGCACUCUGUCCAGAUUUACUCUGACGUCUCUGGAGAAUGGGCUUCGGGAGACAACUCCCAGGUGAUCCAGUGGGAGAGCGUCGCCAAGGAUGGCGUUAGAUAUCACAAGUUUUGGCGCAAGGAGCAGCAAAAGUUUACCGAGCAGAAUGAGGUCGCCGCCUGGGGCAACUGGUACUGGGCCACAGGAGACCAGCGCGGCGUCAGCUAUCAGAUUGGUUCGGACGGGGAUGUUCGUGGCCAGUUCUUGAAUAAGGGAUAUUUGACCGGCGAGAUCGACACAAACUUCCGCGCGGUCCGAGACCGAUGGCCCGUCUUCGGCCUUGCGCGCGAUCUCGGUUUCGUCGCAGGUACCGCCAAGAGCACCCUCUUCACCAUCGGCUUCACGCAAGAUGAGGCCAUCAACUUCCAGGGCAAGGAGGACAACACCCGCAGCGUGCCGGCACUGUGGAAGGAGUACUUUAAUGAGCAGGACCUUGUCACGUUCUUCUACAAGGACUUUGACUACGCAUCGCACUACGCCAACCGCCUGGACUUGCGCAUCGCCAGGGACUCAGAGGCCGCUGCUGGACGCGACUACGCCACCAUCACGACUCUUGCGGUGCGCCAGGUGUUCGGGGCGCUGGCAUACACCAACACUAAGGACUCGCCGCUUGUGUUCCUCAAGGAGAUUAGCUCCAACAGCGACAUCCAGACGGUCGACGUCAUCUUCCCGGCGUUCCCCAUCAUGCUCUACCUGAAUCCCGACAUGAUCAAGUGGACGCUUGAGCCCCUGCUCGAGAACGGCCGCUACCAUUAUCCCAACAGCUGGGCGCAGCACGACCUCGGCACGUUCCCGAAUGCCGUCGGACACCCCAAGGGUGACGACGAGCCCAUGCCCCUCGAGGAGUGCGGCAACAUGGUUGUCAUGAUGCUCGCGUAUGCCCAGAGGAAGCACAACGACCAGUACCUCGCCGACAACUGGGACCUGCUCGAGAAGUGGGCGGGAUACCUGAUUGAAGACGCCAAGAUCCCCGCGAACCAGCUGUCAACGGACGACUUUGCCGGUCACCUUGCGAACCAAACCAACCUCGCCAUCAAGGGCAUCAUCGCGCUCGAGGCCAUGUCCCAGAUUGCCAAGAAGACGGGACACAAGACGCACGCAGCCAACUACACCGAGAUCGCUCACGAGUACCUUGAGUUCUGGACAAACCACGGCAUCAACCACAACGCCGAGCCCAAGCACACGGUGCUGCAAUACGACAACCCCGAUACCUAUGGCCUCCUGUACAACGUCUACUCCGAUAAGGUGCUUAACCUCAACUUCAUCCCUCAGGAGAUUUACGACAUGCAGAGCGACUUCUACCCUACGAUCGAGAACGAGUACGGUGUCAUCCUCGACACGCGCGGCACGCUCACCAAGCUCGACUGGGAGAUGUGGGCCGCUGCCGUGGCCAAGCCGGAGACGCGCUACAUGUUCAUCUCCAAGAUUGCCAGCUGGAUCAACCGCACGACCACGUGGCGCGCCUAUACCGAUCUGUAUGACACCAAGGACGGCGGCUACCCGCGGGGCAUCGAGUUCACGGCGCGACCGGUGCAAGGCGGUGUCUUUUCCAUCCUUGCGCUCAAGGCAUGA